GGCUGUAGGAGACUCGAACCGCGGACCAUGUGAGGCAGACGCUCUAUCGACUAGGCCAUUGAAUAGUCUUAAUAUAUCUGAAAAGUUUAUUUCCAUUUGUCCAUUAUUUCGAUACGUUUUCAGUUAGGCUACUUCCGUAAACUCGUCCUGGGUAUUUGAUUUUUAUAGUUAAUUAGCUUAGGCAAUAUUAUUUCCUAUGCCGUACAUUCCUUUCAGUGCAGCUAACAUCAACACUUGUCUUCCCACGCCCCCAGGAGGAGCUGCAAGGAGCACCAAGAUGAUGGGUAUCGGUCCAGUGGUACUUACAUCAUCUAUCCUUCCAGGCGGAAGGGGAAGGGAGUGAAAGUGUGGUGCGACAUGAGCAGCGAGGGCGGCGGGUGGACGGUGGUUCUCGCCCGCACCACCAACAACAACAACACUGGCGGCCAUGACACUACCCCCUCCUGGGACCACUACCGCUACGGCCUCGGCACUCCCCUUAGGCAGUACUGGCUAGUGACAAGGUGUGGAACCUCACGUAACUGGAAGAAAGAAGAAACAGGAGAGACACGAUUGCUACAUACAAAAAUACUCAGAGCAGACAAGGACACAUUAUUUAGCUGGGGUAGUAUACCAACAAAGGAACAUAGAAGCUACUCAUAUGAGCCACAGAGACAUUAUAAAAAAAAACUCUGUGUCAGAAUAGUGAACAUUUGGAAUACGCUAAGAAGUGGUGGAGGCAAAUUCCAUUCACAGCUUCAAAUGCAGAUAUGACAGAGCACAAUAAGCUCUGGAACCAAUAUAUCAGCCGAUUAAGAGUUAAUAAGAGCCUGGACCCUGGAGACGUCGCUCGUACUACUACCUGAACACAUCUAGGCAUGGAGGCGCUGCACCAGCUGACUAGCGUGGCCGAGCAGUUGCUUCAGGUUGACGUCAGGGGCCCAGACGGCACCAGCUGCUGGAGCCAGUGGUCCACCUUCGCUGUGGGGGACAAGGCCUCGGGGUUCAAGGUGCAGGAGGGGCAGUACACCAGCAGCAGAACGUUCGGCGACGCGCCCUCCCUCACCGACGUUCUCAGCUACUCCAACAGCAGCACUGCGGAGAGCGAGGCCGCCUCAGUCGACUCCAGCUCCACCACCGACGGCAACUGCGUGGCCACGUUUGGUGACCGUUGGUGGUUGGGUUUGGGUGGAGAGGCUUCUCCGGGCGGCGUGUUCGUGGAGGAGGAGGAGAUUCUCCGACGAGACUGGACCCUUCAAGACGACGGCACCCAGGACUCGGCCUACUGGCUCCAGAUGAAAAUCAGGACGAAACAUUAAACAUCAUCCUCAUCCCAAAGAUAAUAAAUAUAUUGUAUAUAAAUAAAAGUAGAAUAAAUACGCUGUAAUGUAUGUAAAGUAAUACACAAUAAACUAAUAAUAUAAUAAA